AUGGUCAUCAUCAGCCGUCUCAAGCAUGCCUUCAGACGUGCUCUCUAUCAUCUAGCCUGCCAUGAUUUGCGUCGACUCUACCAUCUGCUCUCGAACUAUGGCCUGGACUGGCUGGUUCCGAGCCUGAGCCCAAUUGUCCCCCUACAAGAUCGACUGCCAUACCGUUAUCAUGGUCUCGAGAGCCCUACCCAUAUCCGUGUCCUUGAACUGCUACCUCCUUCUAACCCCGAAGAUGUACUUUGUUUCAAGGUCCAUCAUGCAGACCUCAAUGCCCAGACCGUCAGCUACACUGCCAUCUCCCAUGUCUGGGGAGACCGCACCGUGCCACAGGACAGGCUCGUCGAGUGUGACGGACUUCGAGCCUACGUCCCGCCCGGUCUCCAUUCGGCACUGCGCAGAAUCCGAGCCAGGGCCAGUGCCAGUGGUGACAGUGCCGGUGCCAGCCAAUUUAUUUGGGCGGAUGCUCUGUCCAUUGACCAGGCGGACAGCGACGCCGGGCGAAGCGAGAAAGCGCUUCAAGUUCGGAUGAUGGAUCGAAUUUUCGGCCGGGCUGAGGAAGUGGUCAUCUACCUGGGCGAGUUGGACGACGGGGAUUUGCCACAUCUUUCCACGCUCGACCGAUACCAGGCCAUUCCCGACGAGGUCUGGGACCGGGUCAACAUGAGAGACGUGCAAUCCAGCAUCGGGGACAGCGUUGCGUUGUUGCCCGGCUUGGAUUUGCCCACGUCCGACUCUCCAUUCUGGCCCUUCCUUCAACGCUUCAUCGGCCGACCAUGGUUCACCCGGGUCUGGAUCAUCCAAGAGUACGCACUAUCUCGAGCCCCGAAGUUCAUGAUCGGUGACCAUUUGCGCGACGUGGACUUCCUCCCAGCAGGCAUCGCCCGUGCCGCGCAGCAUCUGGGCGUGCUGUACUUGCACGACCGAUUCUACAGCCCGACACUCCAGCUGGACGGGCUGAUCGGCGACGCGUUCUGGUACGUGCUGCGCAAACAUCAUGCCAUCCAUCGCAUCUACAGUGCGAGGAGCCAGGCUGGCUUUGGGAGGAGUCUGUGCGAGCUGCUGGAUGCCACCACCAACUUCUUCGACGCCACCGACGCGCGCGACAAGGUCUACGCUCUCCUCGGCCUCAGCAGCGACGACAACGUCAAGGAAGAUCUCCCCGUCGACUAUGAAGAGGAGGAGCGGGAGCUCGCCCUCCGCGUCAGCCAGUAUCUCAGCCGCCGCGGAUUUGGCAUCUACCCGCUGUACCAUUGUGUCGGGGUGCGCAACGACCGCUCCGUUUCGUGGGCCCUGAACCUCACCAGCCCGGGCGAGGGCCUCGGCGACCUGAUCGGCCCGUCCGGCCACACGAGCGGGCGGGUGUUCGACGCGUGCGGCGAGGCUCUCUUUGUGCGCAAGUCGGCCGACCUCCCGCUCGGCAAAUACACGGUGCGCGGCUGGAUUGUGGACGAGCUCUCGGCCACGGCCAUGACUGACAGCCUGCCCUACGACACGGAAUUGAAGCACCCUCGCGACAUCGAAGCCUACGCUGUAUGGCAGGGCCGCGCGCUGCGCUGGAUGCUCGACGUCGCCGCCACGCAGCCCGUGCCGCCGGCCGACUUCACCAAGAUCUGCUGGCGUACCGUCGUCGCCGACCUGGUCAUGGCCACGGGCCGCGAGGGCCACGGCUACCGACGCCUGCGCGACUGGCUGCACGGCGCUCGUUGCAUCGACACCGUCGACGCCGUCGUCCGCCUUGCCUACGACAAGUGGACCGGCGCCCUGCCGCCGGAGCACACCGUGCCGCUGGACCCCGUCCAGUUGAGUCAUAUGCGCGUCUACGGCGAGAGCAUGGCCCACGCCCUCGGCCGCAAGCUUGCCCUGACCCGCCAGAAUCGCUUGCCUUGCAUGGCUCCUUCACAUGCAACCACCGGUGACUUGGUCGUCGUCAUCCAAGGCUGCGAGAUCCCCUUUAUACUGAGACGCAGAACAGGUCCAGGCCCAGGCCCAGGGACAGGGACAAGCACCACGUCGACCCCCGACGUCCAAGGCUGCAGUCCACACGACCACGACCACGACCAACACCAACACCAACACCAACACCAACACCUAGGUGGCAGGCAGGAACCAACCGAGACUUUCCGCAUCGUGGGCUGCGCGUACGUCCAUGGAAUCAUGGACGGCGAGACGGUCGAGGGCGCCGACGUUCGAGAUUUGGAGAUUUGCUAG